UUUUAUCACCACCACAUGAGAAAGCUCUGUCCCAACUUCGAUCGCGAGGAUGGCCUCGAUACCGUGCUCGAGGUGCCCAUCCCCGAGGAGAUGUUCGCCGGCACCGGCACCGGCACCGGCGGCGCCAAGUGGCAGAACAUGAGGAACUGGCUCAAGGCUCAGGCCUUCGACAAGGCCACCGACGCCCCGACCGAGCUCACCGGCCGCAAUGCCGAGCUGCAGCUCCUUCUCAAUGUCGUUGGCUCCCCACUCAUCCCCUGCCCCCUCCCCAAUGACCUCACAUUCGGCCGCUCCAUCCGCGACUGCUCCAUUCAAGCAUCGACGGCCAAAUACAUCAUCCAACAAUACAUUGCGGCGACGGGAGGGCAGGCGGCAUUGAUGUCGGUGAGCAGCAUGUACGCGGUGGGGAAGGUGAAGAUGAGCGCGUCGGAGUUCCACGUCGGCGACGAGACCGUGAAAGCACAAGCCAAAGGGAAUGGCGAGGUCGGAGGGUAUGUUUUGUGGCAAAAGAGCCCUGAUCUCUGGUACUUCGAGCUCAUUAUGGGUGGCAGCAAGAUGAGCGCUGGGAGCGAUGGAAAGGUGGCAUGGAGGCAGUCAGCUUCAGAACAAUCUCAUGCCUCCAGAGGCCCUCCACGACCAUUGCGUCGAACACUACAGGGCCUAGACCCCAAGUCCACCGCCAACCUCUUCUCCGAAGCUGUGUGCAUCGGCGAGAAGAUCAUCAACGGCGAGGAGUGCUUCAUCCUGAAGCUAGAAGCAAACCCUGCAACUCUCAAAGCCCGCAGCGCCGCCACCUUCGAAAUCAUCCACCACACCAUCUGGGGCUACUUCAGCCAGCGCACCGGCCUCCUCAUGCAGCUCGAGGACUCCCACCUCCUCCGCAUGAAGUCCGGCCGGCGCGGGGAGAGCAUCUUCUGGGAGACCAGCAUGGAGUCGGUGAUCGAGGACUACCGCUACGUCAAUGGCAUCAACAUUGCACACGCCGGCAAGACCGGCGUCACCCUGUUCCGGUACGGGGAGGGGUCGGUGAAUCACAAGAGGAAAAUGGAGGAGAUUUGGACCAUUGAGGAAGUGGACUUCAACCUAUGGGGUCUGUCGAUGGAGGUCUUCCUGCCACCGGCCGACCUCAAGAGAGAGCAAGACAAUGACGACAACCACGCCGGAUGACUGUAGCAGCUCUGCCUUCUUCUUCCAUGUUUUUGUUGGAGAUGUUGUUGUGUCUUUCAUGUUUUUUUUUCUUUCUUUCUUUACUCUUUGGGGUGUUUGAUAGGUGGAAGGUAGAGGUUUUGAAGAAAAUGGCUGUGUAGAUAAAGAGUUCUGCAAGUCAAAUGGGGAGACAUGAAUGCUACAAGCUACAAGCUGCAUGUAUUUCGAGAGAUGAAGAAAAAUGGAGCCUUCGGGUUAAAAAGUAGAGGCUUCGAAGCCCAUUGGUCUUAAGAGGAGACGAACCGGUGGGGCUUCUAUUUGGGCGUUUUGGGCCUUGAUCAGGAUGCGUUACAUUGGAGGCACAAAACAUCUUUCAUGUUGUUUUAAUUGAUUUUUAUUUCUUUUUGUUUUUUGAGAUGCACAAAGCACUGUGUUUCCACUUGUACCUUGUUGUGUUCUCAACCUUUCAGUUUUCGUUUC